AUGGAGAACAAUCCAUAUGUUUUUAAAAGCCUUGUUCAGAUUUAUGAGGAAUAUUUAAACUUGAUAAUACACCGAGUGAAGGGAUACAAAGUACUAAUCUUGGACGAUGAGACGAAGACGAUAAUUUCGCUGAUUUUCUCUCAUUCCUACAUUUUAGAAAAAGAAAUAUUUUUGACCUUAAAUUUUAACGAUAACAACAUUUUUGAAGACUUAAAUAGUAACAAGGAAAAUGAUAAGUUUGAUUUUAAAAAUUAUAAAAUAAAAAAUUUAAAACAUCUCAAGGCUAUAUUCCUAUUGAGACCAACUCAUACAAAUAUAUUAAAAUUAAUGAAAGAAUUAAGGAGACCAAUGUUUUUAGAAUACUACAUAUUUUUUACUAAUGUAUUGAAUGAUAAGUAUGUAGAAAAGCUAGCAAAGGCUGAUGAAUUUGAAGUGAUAAAGAAUAUCAUGGAAUAUUACAUAGAUGCCUAUGUAUUACAUGAUAAUUUGUUUUCUCUUAACAUAGAUUAUACGUCUUUUUUAUACAAAAAUUAUGAUAAGCAUUAUCCUUCACGUAUCGAUCAAAGGAAGAAAAAGGAUCCACUUUUGAAGAAUAAUCAGAGUGGAAAGUGGACCCUAGGAAAUUAUGAUUAUACGAUUGGUCAUAUGGGUAAUCAUAAGUAUGAGAAACUAGCCAUAGAAGAGUUUGAUCAGCUUGACCAGGGAGGUGAAAGGAAGGAAGAAGGGAUUUUAUCGAACUCAUUUCCAUACAAGAAUGACAAAUCAAUGGGUGAUGAUGAUACUAGCAUUCAGUCCAAUUUUGCACUAUUUGAAAAUCAAGUGGUGCAAAGAAUAGUAGAUGGAAUAUUUUCACUCUUGUGUUCUGUCAAGCAGGUACCAGAUAUUAUAUAUAAUAGGAAUUCCACCAUUUGUAAACAUAUAAUCGAUUUGAUAAAAAUUAAAAUGCUAAGAAAUGAAACUGUGUUUUCAUCCGUUCUAGAUUCAUACGAAAAGUACAAUGAGCAAGAGGAUAGACAAAGGAACAUAUCGAACCAACAGAAUGAAAACAAUAACAAUUACCAAUUUAAUAAUAUAAUUGGAAAUCAAAAUGUGAACGGAUCCUUUGAGGGGAACUGUUGUUAUAUGUUCAUUAUAGACAGGAGAGAAGACCCCAUUACACCUCUGCUAACCCAAUGGACAUAUCAAGCUAUGCUGCAUGAACUCAUAGGAAUUGAUAAUAAUAAAAUUAAUUUAGAAAAUAAUUCUGAAGAAGAACAAAUAGUUAUGUCAUGUAUUUAUGAUGAUUUUUAUAAUGAACAUUUAUUCGAUAAUUUUGGAGAUUUAGGAAAGGCUGUUAAAACUUAUGUAGAUAUAUACCAAGAAGAAACAUCAAGAAAAAGUAACUUAGAAUCCAUAGAUGAUAUUCAUAAAUUUAUAGAAAUAUAUCCAAAUUAUAAGAAAUUAUCAGGGAACGUUACAAAGCAUGUGAAUAUUUUACAUAAAUUUUCAGAAAUUGUUGAAAAAAGACAACUAUUUUACAUAUCAGAGUUAGAACAAUCUAUUUCUAUUUAUCAUAGAAAAAGUGAACAUUUCAAACAAGUUAUAGAAACAAUAAAAAAUUACUCCUAUACCAAUUAUGAUGUUUUACGAUUAUCCUUAUUAUAUUCCCUGAAAUAUGAAGAUGAAGAACAUGUCGAAAUGAUUAAAACUGAGUUGAUAAAAAGAAAUAUAGACAAAGAUCAAAUAUUACUAAUAGAUGCAUUACUAAUGUAUUCAAAUGAACAAACCAGAAAUAAUCAACUUUUCAAGGAACAAACUUUUUUAAAUUUUGCAAAAACGACUAUAACCAGAACCAUCAAAGGGACAUCAAACGUUUUCACGUUGCAUAAAUCUUAUAUUUAUUACAUCAUUGAAGAUUUAAUAAAAUCCAAGUUGAAUCAUCACAUUUAUACAAGAACCAAUUUGCUAAACAUCGAACCAAAUAUGAAUAAAAAAAUUAAUUCCAUAAUUGUGUUUUUCAUAGGAGGGGCAACAUAUGAAGAGUAUAGAGAUUUGCAAUCUUUGAGCAAAAGGUAUAACAUCACCUUUCUCCUAGGGUCCACGCAAUUGCACAAUUCGCAUUCCUUCUUGGCUGAUGCACUGCAGCUGGUUAAGGAAUAA